AUGGAAGAGUUACUUUCAUCUCACCACCUGUUCAAAGAGUUUCAACCACGAGUCUCAUCAACCCAUCCCACAGUCGAUGCAGUUAAGCAGAAUCUCUCCCGCUUUCCAUCACCCCCGCCCCAUUCCCCGUUUUCAUCACCCCGCCCCAUUCUCCCACUUUCCAUCACCCCGCCCUAUUCUCCCGCUUUCCAUCACCCGGCCCCAUUCUCCCUCUUUCCAUCACCCCGUCCCAUUCUCCCGCUUUCCAUCACCCCGCCCCAUUCUCUUGCUUUCCAUCACCCCGCCCCAUUCUCUCGCUUUCCAUCACUCUGCCCCAUUCCACCUCUUUCCAUCACCCCGCCCCAUUCUCCCUCUUUCCAUCACCCCGCCUCAUUCUCCCUCUUUCCAUCACCCCGCCCCAUUCUCCCUCUUUCCAUCACCCGCCCCAUUCUCCCGCUUUCCAUCACCCCGCCCCAUUCUCCCGCAUUUCCAUCACCCCGCCCAUUCUCCCUCUUUCUAUCACCCGCCCCAUUCUCCCGCUUUCUAUCACACCGCCCCAUUUUCCCGCUUUCUAUCACCCCGCCCCAUUUUCCCGCUUUCCAUCACCCCGCCCCAUUCUCCCGCUUUCCAUCACCCCGCCCCAUUCUCCCUCCUUCCAUCACCCCACCCCAUUCUCCCGCUUUCCAUCACCCCGCCCCAUUCUCCUACUCUCCAUCACCCCGCACCAUUCUCCCGCUUUCCAUCACCCUCCCCAUUCUCCUGCUUUCCAUCACCCCCCCCAUUCUCCCUCCUUCCAUGACCCCGCCCCAUUCUCCCUCCAUCCAUCACCCCGCCCUAUUCUCCCCAAUUUCCAUCACCCCACCCCAUUCUCCCGCUUUCCAUCACCCCGUCUUAUUCUCCCGCUUUCCAUCACCUCGCCCCAUUCUCCCGCUUUCCAUCACCCGCCACCAUUCUCCUGCUUUUCAUUACCCGCCCCAUUUUCCCGCUUCCCUUCAUCUCGCCCCAUUCUCCCGCUUUCCAUCCCCUGCCCCAUUCUCCCUCCUUCCAUCACCCCACCCCAUUCUCCCGCUUUCCAUCACCUCCCCCAUUCUCCCGCUUUCAUCACCCCGCCCCAUUCUCCCGCUUUCCAUCACCCCGCCCCAUUCUCCUGCUUUCCAUCACUCGCCCAUUCUCCCGCUUUCCAUACCCCACCCCAGUCUCCCGCUUUCCAUCACCCCGCCCUAUUCCCCGCUUUCCAUCACCCCACCCCAUUCUCCCGCUUUCCAUCACCCCGCCCCAUUCUCCCGCUUCCUUCACCCCUCCCCAUUCUCCCGCUUUCCAUCACCCCGCCCCAUUCUCCCACUUUCUAUCACCCCGCCCAUUCUCCCGCUUUCCAUCACCCGCCCCAUUCUCCCGCUUUCCAUCACCCCCCCAUUCUCCCGCUUUCCAUCACCCCGACCCAUUCUCCCACUUUCCAUCACCCCCAAUUCUCUCGAUUUCCGUCACCCUGCCCCAUUCUCCAUCUUUCCGUCACCCCGCCCCAUUCUCCCGCUUUCCAUCAUCCAGCCCCAUUCCCCGCUUUUCAUCACCCCGCCCUAUUCUCCUCUUUCCAUCACCCCGCCCCAUUCUCCCUCCUUCCAUCACCCCGCCCCAUUCUCCCACUUUCUAUCACCCCACCCCAGUCUCCCGCUUUCCAUCACCCCGCCCUCUUCUCCCGCUUUCCAUCACCCCACCCCAUUCUCCCGCUUUCCAUCACCCGCCCCAUUCUCCCCCUUUCCUUCACCCCUCCCCAUUCUCUCGCUUUCCAUCACCCCCGCCCAUUCUCCCACUUUCUAUCACCCCGCCCCAUUCUCCCGCUUUCCAUCACCCCGCCCCAUUCUCCCGCUUUCCAUCACCCCGCCCCAUUCUCCCGCUUCCAUCACCCCGCCCCCUUCUCCCUCCUUCCAUCACCCCGCCCCAUUCUCCCGCUUUCCAUCACCCCGCCCCAUUCUCCCGCUUCCCAUAACCCCACCCCAUUCUCCCACUUUCCAUCUCCCGCCCCAUUCUCCCGCUUUCCAUCACCCCGCCCAUUCUCUCGCUUUCCAUCACUCUGCCCCAUUCUUCCGCUUCCCAUCAUCCCGCCCCAUUCCCCGCUUUCCAUCACCCUCCCCAUUCUCCCUCCUUCCAUCACCCUGCCCCAUUCUCUCGCUUUCAUCACCCCGCCCCAUUCUCCCGCUUUCCAUCACGCCGCCCCAUUCUCCCUCCUUCCAUCACCCCGCCCCAUUCUCCCGCUUUCCAUCACCCCGCCCCAUUCUCCCCGCCCCAUUCUCCCGCUUUCCAUCACCCCGCCCCAUUCUCCUCCUUCCAUCACCCCGCCCCAUUCUCCCGCUUCCAUCACCCCGCCCCAUUCUCCCGCUUCCCAUAACCCCUCCAUUCUCCCGCUUUCCAUCACCCCGCCACAUUCUCCCGCUUUCCAUCACCCCGCCCCAUUCUCCCUCAUUCCAUCACCCGCCCCAUUCUCCCGCUUUCCAUCACCCCGCCCCAUUCUCCCGCUUCCCAUACCCCACCCCAUUCUCUCGCUUUCCAUCACCCCGCCACAUUUUCCCCUUUCCAUCACCCCGCCCCCUUCUCUCCUUCCAUCACCCCGCCCCAUUCUCCCUCUUCCAUCACCCCGCCCCAUUCUCCUGCUUUCCAUCAGCCCGCCCCAUUCUCCCGCUUUCCAUCACCCCGCCCCUUUCUCCCGCUUUCCAUCUCCCCGCCCCAUUCUCCCGCUUUCCAUCACCCCGCCCCUUUUCCCGCUUUCCAUCACCCCGCCCAUUCUUCCGCUUCCCAUCACCCCUCCCCAUUCUCCCUCCUUCCAUCACCCCGCCCCAUUCUUCCGCUUUCCAUCACCCGCCCCAGUCUCCCGCUUUCCAUCACCCGCCCCAUUCUCCCGCUUUCCAUCACCCCGCCCCAUUCUUUUGCUUUCCAUCACCCCGCCCUAUUCUCCCGCUUUCCAUCACCCCGCCCCAUUCACCCGCUUUCCAUCACCCGCCCCAUUCUCCCGCUUUCCAUCACCCCGCCCCAUUCUCCCGCUUUCCAUCACCCCGCUCCAUUCUCCCGCCUUCCAUCACCCCGCCACAUUCUCCCGCUUUCCAUCACCCCGCCCCAUUCUCCUUCCUUCCAUCACCCCGCCCCAUUCUCCUGCUUUCCAUCAGCCCGCCCCAUUCUCCCGCUUUCCAUCACCCCUCCCCAUUCUCCCUCCUUCCAUCACCCCGCCCCAUUCUCCCGCUUUCCAUCACCCCGCCCCAUUCUCCCGCUUCCAUAACCCCACUCAAUUCUCCCGCUUUCCAUCACCCCGCCACAUUCUCCCGCUUUCCAUCACCCCGCCCAUUCUCCCUCAUUCCAUCACCCCGCCCCAUUCUCCCGCUUUCCAUCACCCCGCCCCAUUCUCCCGCUUCCAUAACCCCACCCCAUUCUCUCGCUUUCCAUCACCCCCCGCCCCAUUUUCCCACUUUCCAUCACCCCGCCCCUUCUCUCUCCUUCCAUCACCCCGCCCCAUUCUCCCUCCUUCCAUCACCCCGCCCCAUUUUCCCGCUUUCCAUCAGCCCGCCCCAUUCUCCCGCUUUCCAUCACCCGCCCCUUUCUCCCGCUUUCCAUCUCCCCGCCCCAUUCUCCCGCUUUCCAUCACCCCGCCCCAUUCUCCCGCUUUCCAUCACCCCGCCCCAUUCUUCCGCUUCCCAUCAUCCCGCCCCAUUCCACCACUUUCCAUCAUCCCUCCCCAUUCUCCCUCCUUCCAUCACCCCGCCCCAUUCUUCCGCUUUCCAUCACCCGCCCCAUUCUCCCCCUGUCUCCCGCUUUCCAUCACCUCUCGCCCCCAUCACCUCUCCCGCUUUCCAUCACCCCGCCCCAUUCUUUUGCUUUCCAUCACCCCGCCCCAUUCUCCCGCUUUCCAUCACCCUCCCCAUUCACCCGCUUUCCAUCACCCGCCCCAUUCUCCCGCUUUCCAUCACCCCGCCCCAUUCUCCCGCUUUCCAUCACCCCGCUCCAUUCUCCCGCCUUCCAUCACCCCGCCCCAUUCUCCCGCUUUCCAUCACCCCCCCCAUUCUCCCGCUUUCCAUCAUUCCACCCCAUUCUCCCGCUUUCCAUCACCCCGACCCAUUCUCGCCUUUCCAUCACCCCGCCCAUUCUCCCUCCUUCCAUCACCCCGCCUCAUUCUCCCCUCCUUCUAUCACCCCGCCCCAUUCUCUCGCUUUCCAUCACCCCGCCCCGUUCUCCCGCUUUCCAUCACCCAGCCCCAUUCUCCCGCUUUCCAUCACCCCGCCCCAUUCUCCCUCCUUCCAUCACCCCGCCCCAUUCUCCCGCUUUCCAUCACCCCGCCCCAUUCUCCCGCUUUCCAUCACCCAGCCCCAUUCUCCCGCUUUCCAUCACCCCGCCCCAUUCUCCCGCUUUCCAUCAUCCCCCCCCAUUCUUUUGCUUCCCAUCAUCCCGCCCCAUUCCCCCGCUUUCCAUCACCCCUCCCCAUUCUCCCUCCUUCCAUCACCCCGCCCCAUUCUCUCGCUUUCCAUCACCCCGCCCCAUUCUCCCGCUUUCCAUCACCCCGCCCCAUUCUCCCGCUUUCCAUCACUCCCCCCAUUAUCCCUCCUUCCAUCACCCCGACCCAUUCUCCCUCCUUCCAUCACCCCGCCCCAUUCUCCCACUUUCUAUCACCCCCCCAUUCUCCCUCCUUCCAUCACCCCGCCCCAUUCUCCCGCUUUCCAUCACCCGCCCCAUUCUCCCGAUUUCCAUCACCCCGUUCCAUUCUCCCUUUGCAUCACCCCGCCCCAUUCUCCCGCUUUCCAUCACCCCGCCCCAUUCUCCCUUUCCAUCAUCCCGCCCCAUUCUUCCGCUUCCCAUCAUCCCGCCCCCAUUCCCCUGCUUUCCAUCACCCCUCCCCAUUCUCCUCCUUCCAUCACCCCGCCCCAUUCUCUCGCUUUCCAUCACCCCGCCCCAUUCUCCCGCUUUCCAUCACCCUGCCCCUUCUCCCGCUUUCCAUCACUCCGCCCAUUAUCCCUCCUUCCAUCACCCCGCCCCAUUCUCCUCCUUCCAUCACCCCGCCCCAUUCUCCCGCUUUCCAUCACCCCGCCUCAUUCUCCCGCUUCCAUAACCCCACCCCAUUCUCCCACUUUCCAUCACCCCGCCACAUUCUCCCACUUUCAUCACCCUGCCCCUUCUCUCUCCUUCCAUCACCCCGCCCCAUUUCUCCCUCCUUCCAUCACCCUGCCCCAUUCUCCCGCUUUCCAUCACCCGCCCCAUUCUCCCGCUUUCCAUCACCCCUCCCCUUUCUCCCGCUUUCCAUCUCCCCGCCCCAUUCUCCCGCUUUCCAUCACCCCGCCCCAUUCUCCUGCUUUCCAUCACCCCGCCCAUUCUUCCGCUUCCCAUCAUCCCGCCCCCCCGCCCCAUUCUCCCGCUUUCCAUCACCCCGCCCCUUUCUCCCGCUUUCCAUUUCCCCGCCCCAUUCUCCCGCUUUCCAUCACCCCGCCCAUUCUCCCGCUUUCCAUCAACCCGCCCCAUUCUUCCGCUUCCCAUCAUCCCGCCCCAUUCCACCACUUUCCAUCACCCCUCCCCAUUCUCCCUCCUUCCAUCACCCCGCCCCAUUCUUCCGCUUUCCAUCACCCGCCCCAUUCUCCCUUUUUCCAUCACCUCGCCCCAUUCUCCCGCUUUCCAUCACCCCGCCCCAUUCUUUUGCUUUCCAUCACCCCGCCCCAUUCUCCGCUUUCCAUCACCCUGCCCCAUUCUCCCGCUUUCCAUCACCCGCCCCAUUCUCCCGCUUUCCAUCACCCCCGCCCCAUUCUCCCGCUUUCCAUCACCCGCUCCAUUCUCCCGCCUUCCAUCACCCCGCCCAUUCUCCCGCUUUCCAUCACCCCGCCCCAUUCUCCGCUUUCCAUCAUUCCACCCCAUUCUCCCGCUUUCCAUCACCCCGACCCAUUCUCCCACUUUCCAUCACCCCGCCCCAUUCUCCCUCUUCCAUCACCCCGCCUCAUUCUCCCUCCUUCUAUCACCCGCCCCAUUCUCCUCGCUUUCCAUCACCCCGCCCCAUUCUCCCGCUUUCCAUCACCCAGCCCAUUCUCCCGCUUUCCAUCACCCCGCCCCAUUCUCCCUCCUUCCAUCACCCCGCCCCAUUCUCCCGCUUUCCAUCACCCCGCCCCAUUCUCCCGCUUUCCAUCACCCACCCCAUUCUCCCGCUUUCCAUCACCGCCCCAUUCUCCUGCUUUCCAUCAUCCCGCCCCAUUCUCCUGCUUCCCAUCAUCCCGCCCCAUUCCCCCGCUUUCCAUCACCCCUCCUCCUUCCAUCACCCCGCCCCAUUCUCUCGCUUUCCAUCACCCCGCCCCAUUCUCCCGCUUUCCAUCACCCCGCCCCAUUCUCCCGCUUUCCAUCACUCCGCCCCCAUUCUCCCUCCUUCCAUCACCCCGCCACAUUCUCCCACUUUCUAUCACCCCACCCCAUUCUCCCUCCUUCCAUCACCCGCCCCAUUCUCCGCUUUCCAUCACCCCGCCCCAUUCUCCCGAUUUCCAUCACCCCGCCCAUUCUCCCGCUUUCCAUCACCCCGCCCCAUUCUCCCGCUUUCCAUCACCCCGCCCCAUUCUCCCGCUUUCCAUCAUCCCGCCCCAUUCUUCCGCUCCCAUCAUCCCGCCCCAUUCCCCUGCUUUCCAUCACCCCUCCCCCAUUCUCCCUCCUUCCAUCACCCCCCCAUUCUCUCGCUUUCCAUCACCCCGCCCCAUUCUCCCGCUUUCCAUCACCCUGCCCCAUUCUCCCGCUUUCCAUCACCCCGCCCCAUUAUCCCUCCUUCCAUCACCCCGCCCCAUUCUCCCUCCUUCCAUCACCCCGCCCCAUUCUCCCGCUUUCCAUCACCCCGCCUCAUUCUCCCCUUCCCAUAACCCCACCCAUUCUCCCGCUUUCCAUCACCCCGCCACAUUCUCCCACUUUCUAUCACCCUGCCCCAUUCUCUCUCUUCCAUCACACCCGCCCCAUUCUCCCUCCUUCCAUCACCCUGCCCCAUUCUCCCGCUUUCCAUCAGCCCCCCAUUCUCCCGCUUUCCAUCACCCUCCCCUUUCUCCCGCUUUCCAUCUCCCCGCCCCAUUCUCCCGCUUUCCAUCACCCCGCCCCAUUCUCCUGCUUUCCAUCACCCCGCCCCAUUCUUCCGCUUCCCAUCAUCCCGCCCCGUUCCCCCGCUUUCCAUCACCCCUCCCCAUUCUCCCUCCUUCCAUCACCCCGCCCCAUUCUCUCGCUUUCCAUCACCCCGCCCCAUUCUCCCGCUUUCCAUCACCCCGCCCCAUUCUCCCCGCUUUCCAUCACCCCGCCCAAUUCUCCCUCCUUCCAUCUCCCGCCCCAAUUCUCCGCUUUCCAUCACCUCGUCCCAUUCUCCCUCUUUCCAUCACCCCGCCCCAUUCUCCCUCCUUCCAUCACCCCGCCCCAUUCUCCCCUCAUUCCAUCACCCUGCCCCAUUCUCCCGCUUUCCAUCACCCCGCCCCAUUCUCCCGCUUCCCAUCACCCCGCCCCAUUCUCCCCGCUUUCCAUCACCCCCCACAUUUUCCCACUUUCCAUCACCCCCCCCCUUCUCUCUCCUUCCAUCACCUCGCCCCAUUCUCCCUCCUUCCAUCAACCCGCCCCAUUCUCCUCUUUCCAUCAGCCCACCCCAUUCUCUCGCUUUCCAUUACCCCGCCCCUUUCUCCC